AUGAGUAUCCACCAUGGAUAUCUAAUAGACAACCACGGGUCUGCUCUCUGGGCAUACUUUGCCAAAUCAUCUGAUGACAAUACUCUUAGAACGUGUGGAGGUCAUUCUUAUGCUGGGGCUACAUUAGCGGGCUACGGCGAAUAUUCGGGCUACGGCGAUGUGUGUGGCCGGGUACAUCGUUACAACGCGGUGUAUUCGGGCGAAGACGAUGUAACAUCGGGUGGCUGUCGGUAA